AUGUCGUCUCUUCGGCUUCGCGGUCGAAUAAAGCAGGCCAACCUCCAUCCCUCCAGCCGUGUGCUCCUUGAAUCCGCCGGUCAUGGGUUCCUCAGCUUCAGGCACGAGGCUAACGUUCCUAGCGAGUCUCAGGUUGAGGAAAGCGACAUCGCCGCUUCUUUUCCCAUCGAUCCUGCUGUUUCCUCCGUUACCAACGUCGUCGAUCCUAACCGACCCACCCAUGCAUACCCUUCGCACCAAGCAGCCCAGGUAGAAGAGGACGAGGUCCCAAGCUACCCGCCACCUCCAUACGUGCACGCGGUGCGUUUUGCGUCAGCUGGUCCUUAUUCUACCCCGGCUACGGCCGGUCCGCCUCGUUCCGUCUUAAAUCAUGCUCCUCGCCGAGUGUAUUCUACACCUCGUCAGGCCGGUUCUCCCUCGCCAGGUAGCCCGACUCGUCCAUCUGUUCGUCGCCGUCUCUUCCCGACUUCUCCUGCGCCUACCAGAGCCGCGUCUCCUGGUGAUCCGCCCGUGCCUCCUACCGAUCCUCCUGCGACUCCUCAUCCUGCCCCUGCAGGUGAUCCCUUCGACAUGGACGCGCGAUUCAGCGCCCAAUUUCUGGCAAUGAGCUUCUACAACACCCUCCUGUCUGUGCACGAUGUCCUGGGUGACUUAGCCACCGACCAUCCCCACUUCCUUCGCCACGAGAUCAUGCGUGCUGCUACGAUUAUCGCUGAGGAUUGGUUCAACUAUCAUUGCAUCCACUUGCCUGCCCAGUUUGCCGAGCCUCAUUCCAUGGGUCACCUGGUGGCCAAUAGCGUCCGGUUCACUGUCCGUUGUCUGAAUAUCUUGAUCCUCGAAUGUCCUGAUUUGUACCCCUCCAUUCCUCCUCUCUCCCCAACUAGCUGA